AUGAAACUCAUAAUUGAUGAUCGCGUUCCCGGCGGAACAGUCUCUCCAAGCAACAAAUUAUGGGACUUUGAGAACGGAGACUUGGUUGUCAACGUGAAAAAUGCCCACAAAAGUUACGGAAAAGGAGAAAACCGACAAGUUGUUCUCGAAAAUCUCAGUAUGAAUGUUCCAAAGGGAGUGAUCUACACAUUAAUCGGCGCCUCUGGAUGUGGCAAAACAACGUUACUUUCCGCCAUCAUCGGUCGUCGGAAACUCGAUUGCGGAACAGUUCAGGUACUUGGCGAGACACCCGGCGCUCCUGACUCCACAAUUCCCGGUCCAAAAGUUGGUUAUAUGCCGCAAGAAAUCGCACUUUUCAACCAAUUCAACGUCGAAGAGACACUUUAUUACUACGGUGCACUGAACGGCGUCACGCGUGAAGUAUUAGAAGAGAAAAUUCCGUUUUUCAUGACUUUAAUGCAACUAACAGACUCGAAACAGUUCGCACGAACACUCAGCGGGGGGCAACAACGACGUCUAAGUCUUGCUGCAACUCUCAUUCACGAUCCAGAGUUGCUGAUUCUCGACGAACCCACGGUCGGUAUUGAUCCGUUGUUGCGUGAAAAAAUUUGGGAUUACUUGGCGAAUUUGUGUCACAUGAAAUAUCGCACGAUAAUCAUUUCCACGCAUUACAUCGAGGAAGCCCAAAAAGCGGAUUGUGUUGCCAUGAUGAGAAAAGGAGUCUUGAUCGCUGAAGCAGAUCGCGCCUAUUUGCAAGAGAAGCACGACGAGUACAGUUUGGAGCGAAUUUUCCUGAAUCUCGCUAAAGAUCAAGAUUGUGCAAAGCAGUUGAUGUAUAGUGCAAAAGUACCAAACACCGUCGCCAAUUUACCGGAAAGCACAAAGUUACCAAAGAAAGAAGAUGUGCCACUAAAGACACGGCUCAAGCACGCGGUCAAUCGCGAUCACGUUAAUGUGCUGCUAAGACGUAAUUUUUUAUUUAUUUUAAGAAGUUUAGGUGUAAUGGGAAUGAUUUUGGCAGGCUACACAGCGAUUGUUUUGUGUUUCUGCCUCGCCAUCGGCGGUAUUCCGGGUAAUUUAGGUGUAGCAGUAGCCAAUUACGAGAUAAGUGAGGUCGAUAGAAUGGCGGGUUUCUGUCCAGUUGUUAGUCAAAAUUGCACGUACGAGCUGCUGAGUUGUCGAUAUCUGUCAAUUUUAUCGGAAAAAACGAAAUUAAUUUACGUGCAAACAGAGGAAGAAGCGUAUGAUCAAGUUAAAAAAGGAAAAGCUUGGGUUGCAAUGGUCUUUACAAGUAACUAUUCAGCUGCUUAUGAGACGAAAUUGAAUGAUCAAGGAUACUCUGAUGAUUGGACUGUCUUCAAUUCUGACAUCCAAACACGAUGGGAUGGAACAUGUCUUCCUUUGUUCAACAUGCUCAAACGCAAGGUUCUAGAUUCGUAUUUCCAAUUCACGAGAGAGCUGUCAGAGGAAUGCGGAACAAAUCCUCGGGUCGACAGUGUUCCCAUAAGAUUCAAUAAACCUGUUUAUGGCGCCGCAAUUCACAAUUUUCGUGAUUUUCCUGCUCCUGGAUUCAUUUUGACCAAUAUUUUCUUCUUCGCCGUUGCUUCUGCUGCCUCUGCACUGAUAGCGGAUAAAGCAACGAACUGCAUGGAGAGAUCUUUCGCCAAUGGAAUCACUGAAUUGGAGAAUUUAUUGUCACAUUUCAUGCCACAAUUGAUACUCGUUGUCUUACAAACCUCGAUGAUUCUGAUAUUUGGAUUUAAAGUGUUUGGAUUGACGAUUAAUGGACCCUUAGGGCUUGUUGGAGUGCUGAUGUUGUUGUCCGGUAUUUGCGGAAUUGCUUUUGGUAAGAAUUUUUUUAACAAUAUUUCAUCCUGA